UGUUUAGAAAUGAAAGAGUUAAAGAAAGGAUAGGAGGAGAAAACGUGAAAGUGAAAAGAGAAGAGAGUUGAGUAUAGUUUACGCCACUCAACUCAAACAAAUGUCGUCUUAUUCUUAUUCUUCUUCUUCUUCUACUUCAUCUUCCUUGUCAGACUCAUUGACCCAUUAUUACUAUAAAAGAAGACACACUUCAUUUCACUCUUCUCCAUGCCCUUUUCCUUUCCUUUCUUUAUAUUAUUAAUAAUAAUUCAUCAAUAAUAACACCCUUUUCUCUUCUUUCUUUAUUCUAUUCUAUACUUUGCUACAACUUUUUAAUGGGUUUAUAAGCAAGAAGAAAGAAACAACUUGUUGUUUACCACACGAGUGGCUUUGACAUUUAUUUAUUUGUAGAAAAGAUGGAGAAGAUGAAUUUUGUGAAGAAGAAUGGUGAAGUGAGAUUGCCACCAGGUUUCCGUUUUCAUCCAACUGAUGAAGAACUUGUUGUUCAAUACUUGAAGCGUAAGGUCUUCUCUUUCCCUUUACCUGCUUCCAUCAUUCCUGAAGUUGAUCUUUGCAAGUCUGAUCCUUGGGAUUUACCUGGUGAUAUGGAACAAGAGAGGUACUUUUUCAGUACCAAAGAAGCCAAAUACCCAAAUGGGAACCGAUCUAACAGAGCUACAAACUCUGGUUACUGGAAAGCAACUGGUUUGGACAAACAAAUCAUGAAUUCAAAGACUCAUGAAGUUGCUGGUAUGAAGAAAACUCUUGUUUUCUACAGAGGCAAACCUCCUCAUGGUUCAAGAACUGAUUGGAUCAUGCAUGAAUAUCGCCUCACUUCUUCUCACUCCAACCCCCCCUUGAAUGAAAAUUGGGUUCUGUGUCGCAUAUUUCUCAAGAGGAGAAGUGGUGCUAAAAAUGGAGAGGAGAGAGUAGUCAAAGGAUUGAAGCCAAGCAGUGGCAGCAACUUUGGUGAUGAGGUGAAGAAGAACUCAGCUUCAAGCUCAAAUUCAAGUUCAAAAGUGGUGGUUUUCUAUGAUUUCUUGGCAGAGAAGAAGAACAAUAAUACGGAUGCAUCCUCCACCUCAAUCACAAUCUCACCAGCUAGCAGUGGAAUCACAAAUGAAUUGGAUGAACAAGAAAAUGAAGACAGCAGUAAGUCACUCCCAUCCUCUUUUGGAAAUGCUUAAUACACCCCCUCCCCUUCCUUUUUUGUGUUAAUUGUCUUUAUUAUUAGGUCUGUCUAUUUCUAUGUCUAUGUUUAUGUUUAUGUAAGUAGUAAUUAUCUUAAAUGUCCCAAAAUGAGGUCGGCAUUAAGAGUAGUCUAAUCUGAGCUCUCUCUCAAUUGAAGAGUAUGUAUCUUAGUAUUAUUUUCGGUUAAUUUCAACAAUGUAAUCUAAGAAUCCAAAUGAAAAUUCUUUAUUUUCCGCUCCUUUUUAA